AUGCAACGCAUUAUAACUUUUGGUAUGUUGAAAUGGACAAGCAAGCAUGUUCAGCGAAAGUCAUUUUCCUCAAUUAAACGAACAAAAGUACCUUUAAAUGAAGAAUGGAAUAAAUACGCGACGAAGGAAUUGAAAGGGAAGGAUCCCGUAAAAGAGUUGACUUGGCAUACUGCGGAGGGUUUAGACGUGAAACCGGUAUAUACCAAAGCUGAUACUGAAAAUAUUCCAGACGAGAUUCCUGGCAAGUUUCCUUUUACAAGAGGUCCCUACGCGUCAAUGUAUACCGCAAGACCUUGGACAAUUCGACAGUAUGCAGGAUUCAGUACUGUGGAAGAAUCGAACGCGUUUUAUCGUAAAAAUUUGGCUGCUGGUCAACAAGGUUUAUCAGUUGCUUUCGAUUUGGCUACACAUCGCGGUUACGAUUCUGAUCACCCUCGAGUGAUAGGAGAUGUCGGAAUGGCUGGCGUAGCAAUUGAUUCAGUGGAAGAUAUGAAGAUUCUUUUUAAUGGAAUCCCGCUUAACAAGAUGUCUGUUUCAAUGACAAUGAACGGAGCUGUGUUGCCAAUUCUUUCCAUGUACAUCGUCGCAGGAUUAGAACAAGGAGCUCAAUUAAAAGAAUUAUCUGGAACAAUCCAAAACGAUAUUCUAAAAGAGUUUAUGGUCCGUAAUACUUUCAUCUACCCACCUGAGCCUUCUAUGAAGAUUAUAGGGGACAUUUUUGCUUUCACUGCGAAGCAUAUGCCAAAAUAUAAUUCAAUUUCAAUAUCUGGUUAUCACAUGCAAGAAGCUGGUGCUGAUGCCGUGCUUGAAUUGGCUUUUACUGUUGCAGAUGGAUUAGAAUAUGUGAGAACAGGAAUCAAAUCUGGUAUGACAGUAGAUGAUUUUGCACCGCGGCUGUCGUUCUUUUGGGGAAUCGGAAUGAAUUUUUACAUGGAAAUCGCGAAAAUGCGGGCAGCUCGCCGUUUAUGGGCUUGUAUGAUCCAAGAAAAUUUUCAUCCAAAAAGUCAAAAAUCAAUGAUGUUACGUACACAUUGUCAAACUUCUGGUUGGUCACUUACAGAACAGGAUCCUUAUAACAAUAUUGUAAGGACAACAAUUGAAGCGAUGGCUGCUGUUCUAGGAGGAACUCAGUCCUUACAUACCAACUCAUUCGAUGAGGCAAUCGGGUUACCUACAGAAUUUUCUGCUCGUAUUGCUCGAAAUACACAAUUGAUUCUCCAAGAAGAAGCUUUUAUUCCGAAAGUUGCUGACCCAUGGGGUGGAAGUUAUAUGAUGGAAAGCCUAACGGACGGGAUUUAUGAGGCCGCUAGAGAGAUUGUCGAAGAAAUUGAAAAUAUGGGAGGUAUGGCGUACGCCGUUGCGAGUGGUAUGCCCAAAUUAAGAAUUGAAGAGAGCGCCGCCCGGAGACAAGCUAGAAUCGAUUCUGGUCAAGAAACUAUUGUUGGGGUAAAUAAAUACCGUCUUGAGAAAGAAUCAGAAAUUGAUGUCUUUACUAUUGAUAACACGAAAGUACGACAAGAACAAAUUGAUCGGAUAAAUAAAGCAAAAGCCAAUAGAGACGAUAAACGGGUACAAGAUGCAUUAAACGCGUUAGAAGAAUGUGCAACAUCUGGACAAGGCAAUUUACUUGAAUUAUCCAUAGAGGCUUCCAAGGCUCGUUGUACCGUUGGUGAGAUCUCAAACGCUUUGGAAAAAGUAUGGGGACGACAUGAGCCGUCAAGUCGUGUAGCUAGUGGUGCGUACAAAUCGGCUUACGGAUCUGAAGUAGAAGUCGAUGAGACAAUAAAACUUGUUGAAGCGACAAGAUCAAAAUUAGGUGUAAAUCCUAGAAUAUUGGUUGCUAAAUGUGGUCAAGAUGGACAUGAUCGAGGUGCUAAAGUAAUUGCCUCCGCCUUCAGCGAUUUUGGUUUUGACGUCGACUUGUCUCCUUUAUUCAGUACACCAGAAGAAGUUGCACGUCAAGCAAUCGACAAUGACGUACAUGUAAUUGGUGUAUCUUCGCAGGCUGCUGGUCACAAAACACUAGUUCCGGCGCUUAUCAAUGAGCUCAAAAGGCUUGGUGCAAGUGACAAAAUUGUAGUUGUAGGAGGUGUAAUACCACAUAAAGACUAUCAAUUUUUGAAAGAUGCUGGCGUGAGCGCAAUAUUUGGUCCUGGAACAAAAAUUCCCGGGGCAGCCAAGGAAGUUGUGUUAAAAAUACAAGAAACAAUUAAAGAUUAA